UCUAUUUACCGUGAUGUGCUUAAUUGAUCUGCCUUUCGGUUCCCUUUCGCCGGAUUUUCCCCGACCCAGCGCGAUUUGUCUUCUCAUUUGGUACCUCUCGGCCAUCAUUCGCCGAUGAACACCGACCCCGCUGCCCGGAGAAGAUGAAGGACACCGACCUCGAUGGAAUUCGACCGGAUUAGUCCACUUGAUCCUUCCGCACGUCCCGAAUCGUCGGAGUGGACCAUCUUUGAGGCACACGAGAUUAAGGGCGCGGACAACCCUAAAAUCGUCGAUUGGGAGGACCUGCAGCAGGAGCUCGCUCGUCUUUGGAGCCUCUCUUCGGCGCUUAAGAAGGCUAAGGAGAGGAAGGAGGCGCUUUCCCAGCGCCUGGAAUCGAUUAUCGCGGCCAGGAAAGAAUCAGUAAGUCAAAAUAAUGAGUUAGUGGAGAUGCGGCAGACGCUGGAAGCUAAGAGACUUACCUUGGGAAAUUUGUCUAUGUACGUCAAGAAGACAUCAGAGAAUACAAAAAAAGAAAAGGAGCAACUUUACCAUUCUACCAGAUUGUUGUUAGUAGCUGGAAAGACGUUAGCUGCAUCCCACCAGCAAUUGCAGGAAGCUAGCAAAUUGCUAUCUGGAGAAAGGGGUCAUGGUAAUCUGAAAAAACUACAAAAGUUGCUCAGGCUGAGGCAACAACAUAUGGUAACUGAAAUUUCAACACUUUAUCCAGUCAAGACUGUAAACGAACAAGCAUUUUGGGAGACAACUGGUCCACAGCAUAAUGGCAAAAUUUCAAGAGUUCCUACUGGAUCAACCUCACUAAUUUUUCCUAAACCCUCACACUUGUCAUCAUUGACAAUACUAGGUCUUCGACUAACUAUACUUCCGACAAAUAAGAGUUACUUUAGUGACAAAAAAGAGAUUCAGAUGUCUGCAAGUGCCUUAGGUUACAUUGCACAUGCAGUCUUUCUUAUUUCAUUAUACCUGGAUGUUCCCCUUCGGUAUCCCUUGCGCUUUGGAGUCUCACGUUCACAUAUUUAUGAUUAUGCACCUCCAGUUGAUAAUGCUUCAUCUGAUCUGGUGGCAAACCCUGCAUCCUCAAGCAUGAGUUCUAAGCCCAUUGAAUUUCCAUUGUUCCUAGAUGGCCAAGAUACCACAAGAGCAGCCUAUGCAAUAUUUCUGUUGAAUAAGGGUUUGGAGCAGCUACUGAAUUACAUGGGCGCUGAAAGUUUGGGCCCGCGGCAUGUACUGCCUAAUUUAAAGGAACUUAUGCAGAAAAUCCUGUCAGAGGAAUACAUUAACGUGUGACUUUUUAACACGUUUGUUUUCACUAAUUUCUUGGCAGAAUGCUGAAUGGCAGCAAAAUUUGUUGUUUUUCUUCACUCUUGGUGCUACUAUUUUUAAAACUGGAUCCGAGCAGACCAGUUCCAUCCUGUCGCACCAGGAAUCAGUUAUAAAUCUGGUACAGAAAAUCAGUUUUAUAAACCGGUAAAAAUCGGGGUAAUCGUUAUUAAAAAUGUAAACCAACACUAAUGUAGGGUUACUAUUUUUAGUUAGCAUAAGAUAUCUAGUCCUUAACUGUUG